UUAUCGAUUUCUUGAUCAUUAUUCUGGUCUUACAAUUCAUUUUUCUUCAUAGAGAGUACAAGUGCAACGAAAAGGUAUUAGCAAGGUGCUGUCUUGUCUAAAUUCAUUAACCAGGUGCCUCAUCAAUCAAUCCAGAUUCUCUUGUGUUCUUCUUCAAUGGCUGUUUCAAUGGUCCAUCACCAGGAGUCUUCCUUGUCAGAUUCUCAAUACACAUAUGAUGUAUUAUUGAGUUUUAGAGGUGCAGAUACGCGUAAGAAUUUUACGGAUCACCUUUACAUGGCUUUGGUGCAAGCAGGGAUUCAUACAUUUAGAGAUGAUGAUGAAAUUGGGAAAGGGGAGAACAUAAAAAAUGAAAUUGAAAGAGCAAUAUAUGAGUCAAAAAUAUCUAUCAUUGUCUUCUCAAAGAAUUAUGCUUCAUCAACAUGGUGCCUUAAUGAACUUGUAAAGAUAAUGGAACAUAGCAAAUUCUCCAAACACAUUGUUUUGCCAAUUUUCUAUGACGUAAAUCCAUCUCAAGUCAAGAAGCAGACAGGGAGUUUUGCAGCAGCGUUUGCUGGACAUGAAGAGAGCUUCAAGUCUGAUAUGGACACGGUACAAAGAUGGAGGGCUGCUUUAACAGAAGUUGCGGAUUUGGGAGGCAUGCUUCUAGAAGACGGGCAUGAGUGGCAGUUUAUUCAAGAUAUUAUUAAACAGGUUCAAAAUAAACUCCAUCACACCGCUUUAUAUGUCCCUCCUAUUGUGGUUGGAAUAGAUUCUCUUGUGACGUGCAUUAAUUGGUGGUUGGGAGAUGGAUCAAAUAAGGUUGGCAUAGCAACAAUUUGUGGAAUUGGAGGGAUUGGGAAGACAACCAUUGCCAAAAUUGUUUACAAUCUUAACAUCCAAAGAUUUGAAAGUUACAGUUUCCUUGCUGAUGUUAGAGAGAUUACUCAAGAACGCAAGGGCCUAGUUCGUUUGCAAAGACAACUUAUUUCAGAUAUCUUGAAGGGCAAAGUAAACAAAAUUCACAAUUCAGAUGAUGGAAUCACUAAGAUCAAAGAAGCUAUAUAUCGUAGACGUGUGCUUCUGGUGCUAGAUGAUGUGGAUGAUUCGGAAAAAAUAACUAAAAUAAUUGGAGCACAAAUUCCUUUUCAUCGAGGGAGUAAAAUCAUCAUAACUAGCAGACAUCGAUGUUUACUGAGUGAUCCUUUUAUUAGGCAGAUGUUUGAUCUUGAAGCAUCAUCAAGUUAUGGAGAGUUAUGUAAGGUAUUUGAGGUAAAAGAAUUAGCUUUUAAUGAUUCUCUUCAACUUUUUAAGUGGUAUGCCUUUGGACAGUGUCAUCCAAUUGACAGUUAUAUGGAAUAUGUAAAGAGUGUAGUGGAACACUAUGGUGGGCUUCCAUUAGCUCUUCAAGUUUUAGGUUCUUCUCUAUCUGGUAAAAGUAUAAAUGUGUGGAGAAGUGCAUUAGAGAAAUUGAAAGCAAUCCCUGAUAGCAAAAUUCAAAAGAUUCUAAGAAUAAGCUAUGAUUCUCUACAAGAUGAUCAUGAUAAAAAUCUAUUCCUUGACAUAGCUUGUGUAUUCGUCGGGAAGGAUAAAGAUUACACAACUACAAUUCUAGAUGAGUGUGAUUACUAUACAGCAAUUGGUAUUGAAAAUCUCAUAAAUAGGUCUCUUUUAGUUGUUAAUGAAAAAAACAAGCUAAUGAUGCAUCAAAUGAUUAGAGAGAUAGGAAGGAACAUUAUUCGUCAAGAAUCUCCUAACCUUGGGAAACGAAGUAGGUUGUGGCAUAAGGACGCAUUUGAUGCAUUAAGAGAAAAAAAUGGUACGAAAACAAUUAGGUGCCUUACCAUUGACCUACAUAGAUUGCUGGAAGACAAGUAUGGAAAGACAAUUUCAAAUCAUUCAAAAAAUCCACUUCUCAUGUCAACUGAGGAAGAUAUAGAAACUGACGCAUUUGCAAAGAUGCAGAGACUUAAACUACUUCAGCUAGAUUAUGUAAAACUUAAAGGAGACUACAAAGACUUUCUGAGAAGCUUAAUAUGGUUGUGUUGGCAUGGAUUUCCUCUAGAAUAUCUUCCUAAAAAUUUAUAUAUUUCCAAGCUAGUUGUUCUUGAGAUGCACAACAGUAGCCUUAAACGUGUUUGGAAUGACACAAAGUACUUUCUCCCAAAUUUGAAGAUCCUUAAUCUCAGUCACUCCCAUGGCCUUCUCAAAAUCCUUAACUUAUCAUGUCUUCAUAGUCUUGAGAGGUUGAUAUUGAAAGACUGCAUAAAGUUGAUUACAGUUGAUCAAUCCAUUGGUGAGAUAAAAACUCUUACUAUUUUAAACCUUAAAGGUUGCAAAAGUCUUAAGAAGCUUCCAAGGACAAUUGGUUCAGUAGAAUCUUUGGAAGAACUUAUUUUAUCUGGUUGCUCAACACUUGAUGAUGUGCCUAGGGAUUUGCAAAAUAUGAAAUCAUUGAAGGUGCUUAAUUUAGAUGGAACUGCUAUUUGUGAAUCAAAUUCGUGGUUGUCUUGGCUAUCAUUGAAAAUAAGCAAAGGGUUGGGUUUUUUUUGGGUAUCUUUGCCAUGUUCUUUGGUAAAGUUGAGCCUUCAAAGUUGCAGACUAUCUGAUGAUGUUGUGCCCGCUGAUUUUAGCCACUUACCUUCCUUGAAAUCGUUAAAUUUAAGUAGAAGCCCAAUUCAUAGCCUUCCUGAGAGCAUUAUCCACCUUACAAAGCUUGACGAACUUUUGCUGACUUGUUGCAAAGAGCUCCAAAGGCUUCCAAAGCUUCCAACGAAUGGCUUGCUCGUGAAAAGGUCUCAAUCGUCGUACAGAAUUUCAAGUUUGUCGUACUUAUUAAAUUUGAAAAGGUGUAUUGUUUUUGGUUGUGAAAAGCUAACUGAGGUUGAAAGUGUGUUUAAGUUGGUACCAAUUGAAAACUUUGAAGUGGAACAGAUCAAAAGCUUAUUCAAUAUGGACUUAAUCAAAAGUAUCCAAUUGGAAAUUUAUAGCUAUAUUACGGACACAAGGAUGGUUACUACUCCACAGGUAUUUCAUGAUUGCGGCAUAACUAGUUGCUUUAUCUCUGGAAGUGAGGUUCCAAUCUGGUUUGAGUAUCAUUCUGAAGGGUCUAAAAUUUCAUUUUCUUUGCCACAAAAUCCCAGUGAAAAAGUUAGUUGGCUAAACCUAUGCAUAGUCUAUUCUCUUGUUAGCGAUGAAAUAUUUGAGUUUCUACCAUCGGUGCAUAUUAUCAAUGAGACCAAGAAGUUGACGUGGUCUUAUUUCUCAAGUUUCCUUGGAAUUCCUGAAACCAAUAGUAACACAAUCUUAUGGCUAAUCCAUUGGCCAGUAAAGGAUUACCAAUUGGAAAAUGGUGAUUUGGUGACUUGCAAAUUAUCAACUUUUGGUUUGAACGUAAGAGAAUUUGGUGUUACAUGUGUAUCAGAAACCAAGGAAAUGUAUGAAGACGACACUCCACAAUACUCUCAAGAAAAUGAAGGUACUUGGAAAGAGAUUGAGUUGAAAGUAAAUGAAGAGUUACUCAAAUUGGACACCAGUGGAAACAUUAGAAUGCAAAUUGACAAUUAUUUAGAGGAAUCAAAAAUGAUUGCUUCCCCUCAGGUGUUAUAUGAUUGUGGAAUAAUUAGCAUAUAUGGUACAUACGGUUUUCCGGAGGGUAGGUACAGCCAUCAUGCUACUGGGAACAAGGUUUCAUUUAUAGUACCUCGAAGCUCUGGUCAUCAUAUUGGCUAUCUAAACUUGAUGGCCAUUCUUUUUGCUGAAGAUGAUCAAAUAUUUGAUUUUUUAUCUCGUAUUGAGAUUGUCAAUAAGACCAAAGAUACCAAAUGGAUCCAUCAUAAAUGUUUCAUUGGAAUUCCUAAAAUCAAGAACAACAUUUAUUGGUUUAGUUCUUGGAGAUUUAUGGGUGAAUUGGAAGAUGGUGAUCAAGUAAGCUGUACAGUAUUUUUCGAUUUAUGUGUAAAAGCAUGUGCCAUUGAUCUCAUAUAUGAGCUGGAUGACGACCUUCUACAUAAAUGCAACUCUGGUUAUCAACAUUUAGGAGGUAAAACUACAAGUUCUUAUUGGCUUUUUCCACUUUUUGUAUAUCACUUGUUCAAGUCACAAAGGGCUCUUUAUAGAAUUCAGAGUUUAAAUAAAUUAGAGUAAUUAUAUGUAAGAUCUUGUUAGAGCAAAGGACAAUUCAUCUACCUCUUCUUGUAAUUAAAAGAUUCAUGCCCUCAUAUCAA